AGAACCACCACCGCCUCCCCCAGCCAAAUCAGCCGCCGCUGCUGCAGCUCAACAACGUUCGAUUGACGAACAGAAUGGCAUUGCACCCAUUCCGCCGGAAAAACCUCGCAAAAAAUCCAUAGAUCUGGUGGAGACAGAGGAGCGCAUUACGCCAUCAUCGCCAACAUUACAGGCUCCGGGUUAUGUGCAUGCCGCCAAACGGGGUUCCAUUGACAGUGCCGGUAACAGUACUUCCAUUGCCAGUGCCAAUGGCAUUCUAAGUGGCAGCAGCAAUUCGGCAGCCUCGCCGGGAGCCAGUGCAUCGUCGGGACCAUCGUCACCGGUACACACCGAAGAUGAGAAACAGGAAAACGAAUCGACCGAGAAAUCGGAAAUGAAACAGCAGUAUUAUCACAGUAUGCCGCGCAGACGAAGGAGCGAAAAUGAAGGACGCUCUAAUAAAUUGGAACGCCAGAAUACCAACAACGAUGUUACCGACAAUUCCAGCACCCCAAAUCACAUAACCUCGCCACAACGUUCAUCAUCGUCGUCGGCGUCGGCAUCCAAACGUAUCUCCAGUAUUUCACUGAACAUGCCGGCAGCGGGGUUGGGAUCGCGACCAGCCAGCAUUGUUUCAUCGACAACGAGUUUUGACGAGGGAGGUUUCAAUGAACCUUCUCCCGAAAUUAAGGCCAAGCUUAGGCCGGCCUAUGAAUAUGAUAGUCCAAAGCAACAAAUAAAUCGUGGGCAACAACAAAGUCCCACCACCACCACCAAAAUGCCAAAGUCCAUGAACUCCGAUACAAAUGCCGGCGAUGAUGAGACAUAUACCAUUGAAGAUCUGGAUGAAGCUGAGACACCGAGCCUGAACUAUGUCGAUGUCGGCUAUCGUCUGAAACCCGAUGGCAGUGAGUCCCGUGAAGUAUUUGGUGAAUCGGAACUUUACGAUACGGCAGCCAAAGUCACAGAUAUGCAUAAGAAAUUCCAUGCCAAUGGCUUUGCCCAGGAGACCUCAACCGUGUAUGCCAUUAUCAAGACAGAGACAGUGUCUGGAACGGCGGAAAUAUUUUACGGUGGCAAGGAAAAGGAACGUCCGGCUGUUAUGUCCCCGACCAAAUCAAAUUCGGGACCCAAUUCUUUGAUGGGUUCACCCAUUAAAACAGCCACAUCACCACCUGUGGGCAUUGUUUCACCCAUACGUCGUCGUAGCUCUGAGAUAAGUGUUAAAUCCACGCCACCCAUGUCACCGCCCCUGUCGGGUGGCAGUACCAAUGCCAAUUCUUCAUCCAAUUCACGGUCGAUAUCCUCAAUUGCCAAAGGUGUGGCCCCCAUUGCGUCACUGGAUGAGGCCAAUGAUAUACCGGCAUUGCCGGAACGACCACCCCCAGCAACAGCUGCGGCCACAGUAAAUAAUAUAAAUUCCCUGGAUUUGCAAGAUCUGGAAUAUGCCGAUACCAGUGCGGGUGAAGAUGAGGAAGAUCUAAUGCGCACCAUUGAAGGAGAUGCCGACUUUGUUGACGACUUCUAUGUGGAAGAAAAAAUAAAGCCCUUGGUCCAGGAACCCGUGGAGACAACCGAAUCAAUUGGUCGAGAAGAUAGUCUGCCGGAUGAUAUGACCGCCUACGAAGCGGAGAGAUUGUUGAGUUCAAGAAUUUUGGAAAGCAAAAUAAGACAACAAUCUCUGCUCUCCGAUGAACAAGCCAAGGAAGUUGAACAGAUCCUAUCAGCAGCGCCCACAGUUGGUGUGGCGGAUGCAGCUGUAGUGGCAGCGGCUACCUCGCCUACGCACAUCAAGAAUCUCAUUGAAGAGGUCAAACCACAAACACCCUCGCCUCCGGCCGAAAAGGAUGUUAGCGGUGGCAGUAGCCAGCACAAAACAAUAAUUUGUAACGACAACGAAGUAGAAGAAAACCAAGAGCAGCAGGAGGAGGAAGAAGAACAAGACAUCGACAAUAGUGAAAAUUCAGCUGAUGAGGAUGAGUAUACCCUUUAUAGGGAAGACGAUAAAGCAGAACAGGAAUUGUCAGAGCAUCAGCAACAGGAUUCAUAUAUUUUUGAAAAUGUCACAACUAGCCAUCAACUGCAACAGCAGCAGCAGCAACAAUAUCAUCACAGCAUAGUCACCAAAAAUGUUAGUUUAGAUGUGACCCAGCGUGUGGGAGACGUUGAUAAAUACGCCGACGAUGAUGACGAUAUUGAGGAUGUGGAUAUUGUGGGCAUUGGCGCCACAUCUGUGUGCAUAAAUUCAACAUUUACAGCAUCCUCUUCGGCAGCAGCAGCAGCAGAAAGUAGAGAAGAAAAACAGGAACUUGUUGUAACUACACGAACAAUAACAACUAAACAGUCCAACACCACCUCUUCCUCGUCGCAGUCAAUCUAUCAGCAUAACCAAAAUAACAGAACUCAUGACGACGAUGAGCCGGAAUGGUUGCGUGAUGUUUUGGAAGCUCCCAAACGUAGUUUAGAGAAUUUGCUAAUAUCAUCGACACAAAGCCAUCAUCAAAGCGGUAACAGUAAUAAACAUCAUUCGGUGGAAUCGUUAACAUCCCCUCCGCCAACGACUGGUACCACAACCAACAACAACUCUUCCGCCAAUUUAUUCGACAACAAUGAUGCAACGGUUGUCGUGACUACAGCUUCCAAAGUUGAAACCACCUAUGACGAGACCAAUGAUAGUACCACAAUUUACAUAGCAUCAAACCAAAGAGGAGACACACAACAGGAGGAGCAACAACAACAACAGCAGCAACAAUCCUUUGAAUGUCAUGAUCAGGAAACAUCGUUAUUGAAUCGAACAUUCAUACAGGAUUCCAAUGUCAAUAGCACAAGCAACUCGCAUUGCCAGUCAACGGCUGAGUCACUGCACGAGUCGAUUGUCUCCGUUGAAUCCACCCAAUCGGAUGCCACAUUCAACAAUCAGACAACCACCAUUGAUGAUAGCAUCAUAUCGAGCAAGCACAAUUCGACAUACUCGCUUAAUGAACCACAAUCGCUGAAUACAACCAAUACCAGUGUAACUGCCACGGAACUAGAUGAAUCACAAUAUUACAUACCCGAAUAUCCGCCAGUGCGUAGCAAAGAAGUCUAUGUGGAAUCGGGUGUGCAUUACUUUGAGGAUGGCAAUUUUUGGAUGGAAGUACCUGGUCUUCUAGACUUCGACGAUGAUGAACUUUCGUAUCCACCCAUACCGGUCAAGAAAAAUCCCAAAGUACGUUUUAGCCUAGGACCCAUACAAGUAUUCUCCACCUUCUCUGUCAGUGAUUACGAUCGUCGCAAUGAAGAUGUCGACCCGGUGGCUGCCUCGGCAGAAUAUGAGCUGGAGAAACGUGUCGAGAAAAUGCACGUUUUUCCCGUCGAACUUAUGAAGGGUCCUGAAGGUUUGGGUCUAAGUAUUAUUGGCAUGGGCGUUGGUGCCGAUGCUGGCCUAGAAAAAUUGGGUAUAUUCGUUAAAACCAUUACCGAUAAUGGUGCUGCAGCACGCGACGGUCGCAUUCAGGUCAAUGAUCAAAUCAUCGAAGUCGAUGGUAAAAGUUUAGUGGGUGUAACGCAGGCAUAUGCUGCAUCAGUACUGCGCAACACCUCCGGUCUAGUCAAAUUUCAAAUAGGACGUGAACGAGAUCCAGAGAAUAGUGAAGUGGCACAAUUGAUACGCCUCAGCUUGCAGGCGGACAAGGAGAAAGAAGAACGUCUUAAGAGACAACAAGAAGAGUACCUACGCCGUACUCUCGACUACUCAGAAGAUUCUACCCAGCCCGUCUCAGCCAAUUCCAGUGUUUGUGAGGGACCCACCAGUCCCGUACAAGUCGAACAUCCAAUGGAGGUUGAGGCUACACACUCCCAGGAGGUAGAGUCUCUUAAGAGACUGCUACAGGAGAGUGAAAUGAGUUGCCUUCUAAAAGAGGACAUAAUUGAAAACCUUAAAAGAAAGCUUGUUAAACUCGAAACAACCGGCAAUGAGAAUGAACUGCUCAGUGAACGUUUACGCCAAAGCGAACGUGAACUGGUCAACAUUAAAAAAGAGGCUUCCAACUUGCAAAAUAUGUUGCAACAAUCCCAGGCCCAAUACAUGGCAUUGGAUAAGAAAUACAACAAAGCCAAGCGUCUUGUACGUGAAUAUCAACAACGUGAAAUUGAUAUGUGCCAUCGUGAGGAAUUCUAUCAGCAAUUGCUGCAGGAAAAAGACACGGAAUACAAUGCUUUGGUGAAAAAACUCAAAGAUCGUGUCAUAAAUUUGGAACAUGAACUGCAGGAGACACAGCGCAAGGCCGGUUUCCCCGUGGGACUGCCCUAUGACAGUGCCACAUUGAAGCUGACACCACAAAUGAUGCGUAAAACACCUCCGAAACCACUAUUCCAAAAACUUGAAACCGAAUUAUCCGAUACGGAAAUUUCGGAUUUAUCACCGGACGGUGAUGGCGUUAAGACUGCCACAGUAGAACGUAAGAACCCCGUCAAAGAAGAACUGGAUGCUGCUGUGCCACAACAUGAACUUCUGGAUAAUUCAGCCAAUAAAACGAAAAGUGAUUUGGCUUCCCGUGGUGGUUUAGCUAAUCGUCAACUACCAUCUGGUAAUAAUUCCAAUACAAGUUCGAGCGCCUCGAAUACCACAACUGCUGUAACAAUUGCUGCCGGCAACAGUACCAAUAACCUGUCGAAGCGCACCCUGAGUAACAGUAGUUCGGACUGUGCCCUGGAAGAUGCCGAAGAUGAUACCGCCCUGCAAAACUGCGCAACCAUGCCGGCCGGUCUUAUGGGUAACAUUACUAAUACUAACAACCAUGCUCAUUACGCUCACACAAACAACACAACCAGUACGUCAGCGUCCAAUCAUGAACUAAACCUAUCCAAUGGUAUACAUCAUCAUCACCACUCCCCAAGUAAUCUCAUCAGCAAUGGACAUCAUCUUAACAAUGCAAUAAAUGUCGCUAGCAAUGGUGUGGGUAGCAAUGGUAAUGGUGGUAAUGGUGCCAUAGCCGGCACCACCACUGCCAUCCUGCUUAAUUCAACCGCCUCCUCAUCAGCAUCCUCCUCGGCUAAUUCACGGGAACAACAGAUCAAUCAGUUGUAUGCCCAAGUUCAUAAAGAUCAUAAGACAUCGGCUUUGCAUACCGGUCUACCGGGUCUAUUCAAGAAUACGCUCGGUUCGCCUGGUGAGGCCACAACAACAACAAUAAUAACAACCACAAACACCAACAAUACCACAGCUAGUCCCAAUGAUUUUCAUCGCGGUGGCAUGACCACCUUCGGUACUAGCAAUCGUGAUCUCAAUAGUUCGUAUGAUUCAAUUCUAGGCUCAAACGAUAAACUCUCCGAGAAUGAGCAUUCAUCGGACAAUUGGAUGUAUCCCAGCCGGCGGCGUGUCGGACCGACGGGGGCGAUAAUCGGUGGUAAAAUGCCGCCAUCAUCAUUCACCGAACAACUCAAUCAGGCAUUAUCGGAAAGAGAAAGGCGUUUGGGUGAUGGCUCAUCACGACAUUCCAGCGAUGAUUAUACGGAAAUAAACAAAAGCCAAUCGGCGGCAGCUAUCAAUUGCAAAACAUUAAUUAACGAAAUACGACAAGCUGUUAAUGAGGCUCAACCAAAAGUUAAACAAGUUAUUCCUCAAUCUUUAUCUCCGCCCGGUACAGUACCGUGGCAACAGCAAACCUCUUCAUCACACAGCAAUGGUCCUCCCUCACCGACCAGCAUGUCAUCGGGCUGUUCAUCACCCGGUUAUUCACCUAGUCGCGGCUUGGAUUUAUCCGGCUCAAGUUCAAGUUUUUCAGAUCGCAAGGCAGCUGUGUACAAUUACAAAGGGGGACCAGUACAUGAAUGGACCAAAGAACAGGUUGGCCACUGGCUUUUGGGCAUUGAAAUGGAACGUUAUAUACCAGCCUUUAAGGAACACAAUGUGGAAGGUGGUGCUUUGUUAUCCUUAGAUUCGAAAGACUUAAAAACGCUGGGUGUUACUGGUGACGACAAACAUCGUUUGAAACGACGUCUCAAAGAUCUCAAGGCCAGCAUAGAAAAGGAACGCAAAGACCAGGAACGGGAAAGGCGUGAACGAGAAAAGGCCAUACGCAAAGCUGAGAAGAAAGCGGCCAAAAAGAAAUAAAUGCCAGAUAAUAAAACAUAGCAGAAAAUAAAAACACACAAUUAUAACAACAAAAUUUUAACUAAAAACAAUUUCUAAGCUAAUUUACACACACAAAAAAACAAAGAGGAAAAAACAAACUGAAAAUACAUAAAUUUAGUAUUAGCUUUUUUAAAUUACUAUUAUAAUUAUUAUUCAUAUAAAUAUAAGUAAAUAAAAAAUGUAUUUGUUAAGCUCUACCAAAAAAACAUAAAAACAACAACUGCAACACUUAGGAAAGAAAUACACUUAACCAACCAACCAACAAAGAAACCAAAAUAUGUAAUACAACACCAUACACAUAGCCACACACACAUACAUACACAAAACGUAAAACAAACCUGGCAACAAUUAUUAUUAUUUUUAUGAUAAAUGAAUUAUAAUUUAUAUAGUAUAUGAAUUAUUUAUUAUUAUUAAUUUAUAAAAUUAAUAUACAAUUUUAUUAAUAAGCAUUUUAAAUGUAAUUUUUAAUAUUUUUAUAUAUAUAUAAAAAAGAAACUAGUUUUAUAUAUAUGUUGUAAAACUAUAUCUAUAAAUAUUUUACUUAAACAUUUGUUUAACUGUAAACUUAAAUCUGUCCAUGCUAUCGCCCAACAUUGAAUUUCGUAUUUAUUUAUAGGCCACAAACAAAAACACAUACACACGAAUUAUUUAUCAAUAUUGUUGUUGUUUUUCAAAAUGCUACUGAGGGUUUAAUAGACAUUUUGGGAGCUCUUUGCAAUUCGACAUAAAGAAAUACCGAUUAAUAUAUAUUUCGUUAAAAAGGCAGCAAAUGAAACGAUUUAGAUGCUAACAACGAUUACGAAAAUCAUUUAGUUUUCUGGUACAUUUUUUAUUUUUAUUUAUUUUACUAAAAUUUUCCCCCAUGCAACAUGCUUGUCUCUUUACACAUACGAAAUUCUCUUUGCCUCUACUUUCCGAAGUCUAAAAAUGUAACUCUGUUCUCAGGCUUUUGUGUUGAUUUUCUUAUAAAUAAAGAUGGGAUCUAUGUCUGACAGGAACGAUAGAUUUCCUGUCAAAUUGCCUUUGUCUUUUGUUGGACAAUAUGGGACAUCUGUAAAGUAGAUGUUCAAUCGUCUCUACCUCUUCUCCAUCUUCACAUAGUCUACCCUAGUAGUCAGGAAGACUGUUGUCAUAUCCAGAGGUCAGAUGUCUGAUGCUACAGUGACCAGUCAGUAUGUCUACCACGAUUCUUAGAUCAGGCCUACCAAGUGAAAGAAGGGAGCUUGUUCUUUUCCUCGAGACUCGAGAUUGCGAUGAGAGAUGCUAUAAUAGCUUAUUGGUGGCUAAACAAUCUCAGCAAUCUCAGGGAAAGCAUCAAUCAAAUUUCAAUUUUUCCUUUAAUGACAGAAGGGAGCUUUUUCUUUUCCUCGAGGUUACCGGACCGAUGGCCUUAGAUACCCUGCAACCAGUUUCCAUUAGCCAUUUUCUUUCAGUUUAUUCGUUUAGAGAUUUUUUUGAAACAGCUGGAUCCAUAGCGAAAAGGGUUUAUCCCGUUUUUAAAAAGAGAAAGCAGCAAUCAAAUAUAAAUGUUUCCUUUUAUGAUGUUCGAAAAUUGCCAAAAUUAGGGUUAGAGGCAAUAAUUUGUUCACCGUUCACAGUAAUCCAUUUCUAUCAUUUGUAAUCAUACAUUACGAAAAUGACUUCCGUUAGCAAGUGAGUCUGCAUAUUUCGAUCCAAAUAUAUUGAAAUAUUGACGUCUAUUGAAAAUUAAAUUAUUAUCAGGGAAAUUUUCCCUACAUGAUACCAUAGAAACGAAAUUCUGAAUUUGUAGACACAAAUGUUAAGGGAUACUUUAGAAAACCCUCUAUGCAUUUUAUUCCAAAAAUGUCUCCAAAAUUGUAUCUUUAUUCAUUGUCCCGCCUAUCUACCUCUCUCUACCUUUCGGUAAUUCCUUUUACAAAGAAUACUUCUUAAAACGUGCAGUGAAAUGUUGUUUCCAGAUAAUAAAUAUAUAUUUCGUGUCACUGAAGGUGAAGAGAUCAAUUCGUCGGACCACAGGCCAAUGUUCUCAAGCAAAUACUGUCCUCGAAUUCCAGAAAUUGGCCUCUGUUCCCAUCCUUUUUGUUGAUUUUCUUAAGGUCUACAAACUAAAAAGGAAGUGAUGCGUUCAAAGCAUUGUCCAUAGUAAUUCACUGCUUUUUCCAGCUUGCUGUUAGGAUAUCGAUUCUAUAACAAAAAAGGACUCAUCCCAAUUUUCAAUUAUCCAAUUUUCAUUAUUCCUUUGAAUUUGUGUGAAAGUUGUCAACAAUUUUGAAUUCAGACUAUUUUCUGUAUAUUUGGCCUUGACAUUGAUUUGGGCAUGAGGUUAUCGCAAUGUAUCCAUUUUUAUCAUCUGUAAUCGAUACGAUGCGAAAAUGAGUCCUUUUCCCAGGAGCAAGCAUCAUCAUUUUCGAUAUUUCCGAUGCUACAGCACAUGUAAGCCAUAAUGUAAUGCCACAUUGAUGUCUAUGGAAAACUGAAUUAUUGUGGCGGAAGUUUGUCCUCCAUAGAAUAUAGAAUCGACCUUUUAAAUUUGUAGACCCAAACGAUGAGAUAUAUUAUAAAAAAAGCAUCUCCCCAUUUCAUUCCAAAAAAUCGGCAAAAACUAUAAUUUUCUAUUAAUUGUUAUACCUUCUACCUCUUCUCCAUCUUCACAUAGUCUACCCUAGUAGUCAGGAAGACUGUUGUCAUAUCCAGAGGUCAGAUGUCUGAUGCUACAGUGACCAGUCAGUAUGUCUACCACGAUUCUUAGAUCAGGCCUACCAAGUGAAAGAUGGGAGCUUGUUCUUUUCCUCGAGACUCGAGAUUGCGAUGAGAGAUGCUAUAAUAGCUUAUUGGUGGCUAAACAAUCUCAGCAAUCUCAGAGAAAGCAUCAAUCAAAUUUCAAUUUUUCCGUUAAUGACAGAAGGGAGCUUUUUCUUUUCCUCGAGGUUACCGGCCCAAUGGCCUUAGAUACCCUGCAACCGGUUUCCAUUAGCCAUUUUCUUUCAGUUUAUUCGUUUAGAGAUUUUUUUGAAACAGCUGGAUCCAUAGCGAAAAGGGUUUAUCCCGUUUUUAAAAAGAGAAAGCAGCAAUCAAAUAUAAAUUCUUCCUUUUAUGAUGUUCGAAAAUUGCCAAAAUUAGGGUUAGAGGCAAUAAUCUGUUCACCGUUCACAGUAAUCAAUUUCUAUCAUUUGUAAUCAUACAUUACGAAAAUGACUUCCGUUAGCAAGUGAGGCUGCAUAUUUCGAUCCACAUAUAUUUAAAUAUUGACGUCUAUUGAAAAUUAAAUUAUUAUCAGGGAAAUUUUCCCUACAUGAUACCAUAGAAACGACAUUCUGAAUUUGUAGACACAAAUGUUAAGGGAUACUUUAGAAAACCCUCUAUGCAUUUUAUUCCAAAAAUGUCUCCAAAAUUGUAUCUUUAUUCAUUGUCCCGCCUCUCUACCUUUCGGUAAUUCCUUUUACAAAGAAUACUUCUUAAAACGUGCAGUGAAAUGUUGUUUCCAGAUAAUAAAUAUAUAUUUCGUGUCACUGAAGGUGAAGAGAUCAAUUCGUCGGACCACAGGCCAAUGUUCUCAAGCAAAUACUGUCCUCGAAUUCCAGAAAUUGGCCUCAGUUCCCAUCCUUUUUGUUGCUUUUCUUAAGGUCUACAAACUAAAAAGGAAGUGAUGCGUUCAAAGCAUUGUCCAUAAUAAUUCACUGCUUUUUCCAGCUUGCUGUUAGGAUAUCGAUUCUAUAACAAAAAAGGACUCAUCCCAAUUUUCAAUUAUCCAAUUUUCAUUAUUCCUUUGAAUUCGUGUGAAAGUUGUCAACAAUUUUGAAUUCAGACUAUUUUCUGUAUAUUUGGCCUUGACAUUGAUUUGGGCAUGAGGUUAUCGCAAUGUAUCCAUUUUUAUCAUCUGUAAUCGAUACGAUGCGAAAAUGAGUCCUUUUCCCAGGAGCAAGCAUCAUCAUUUUCGAUAUUUCCGAUGCUACAGCACAUGUAAGCCAUAAUGUAAUGCCACAUUGAUGUCUAUGGAAAACUGAAUUAUUGUGGCGGAAGUUUGUCCUCCAUAGAAUAUAGAAUCGACCUUUUAAAUUUGUAGACCCAAACGAUGAGAUAUAUUAUAAAAAAAAGCAUCUCCCCAUUUCAUUCCAAAAAAUCGGCAAAAACUAUAAUUUUUUAUUAAUUGUUAUACCUUUCUAUAAAAUUUUCAUUUCAUUUCGCAAAUCUACACAUUCAUUUCGAUCGAAUGCGAGAAUUUAAUAAUUUAAUUUGGGGAAGUCAUUAAUGACCACACUGCGAUCUAAAAUUAGUUUCUUCCAAAAGAUGUAAGAGUGGUGGCAUUGGAAAAGCAGCGCAAGGAAGAAAUCUAAGCAUUAUUCGGAUGUUAUUUAGCAACUAACCAAAAUGACAGGUGGUGUUGAAAUUUAUGUUUGUCUUUUGUGAGCAAACAUGAAGCAGCGCUAUAGAAAGAGUUGUUUCCUUUCAAUCUCAUCCUCUCAAAGACUGGAUUUUUGGCGUUUUAUUAUAUUUUUCAACCGAAAUCGUAAGAACCCAAUAUGUAAAAUGUCUCUUCGCAAAAAGAUUGACAGAAAGAACUUUUAAGGUUUCGUUUGGAUCUGAACAUCAUGGAAAUUUAGUUGAAUGAAAAUGUGUUUAAAAAAUCAAUAGCCUAAGCCUAAUUUUGGCUGUAGACUGUAAAAAUUUCUCUCUUCGAUAUAUGGCCUGUUUUACUAUUAAAGUACGUUUAAAAUCGAAGAUAGUUUCCUGAUAACCACAAUGACAAUAUGUCACUGUUUAUUUGGAAGAGUUUUAUAACUCUCACAGUGUGCUGUGAAACAGGUUUACGAAAUUAUUUUUUUUUUUUAUAAUUUUACCAAAUUCUACCCUUAAAGGUAUGACAGUUGCUGUUUAGUUAGCAUCGACGACUUGGGGGCAAAAUUAACUCUUAAAUUUUUAGAAAUAAAGAUUUUUCUAAACUCUCAGUAACACCUAGUUUAUUAGAUCAACCCAAGAGAAGUAAUUCAUUACACUAGGGACUUCAACUGAAGAUAAAAUAAGACUUGAUUAAGUUUCUUCUAAAAUUGUUAAUAAAAUUCAAUUUGAUUUUAAAAGAAAAUAUAUUUCUAUUUGUAAAUAUAUUUAAACAAAAUUUAAGAAUCAAUUUUUUCUUAUGGCCUUUAAAAGGUCCAAAAAUAUAUUCCAUAAGCAUUUGUUGUUUCUAUUACUUAAAAAAUUAUAAAAUAUGUAUUAAAUACUUGUUGAAGUCCUUCUAAUCGCACAGUAGAUUCUGAAACACACAUACACAUAUAAACACAAAUAAAUAAUUAUAUUCUUUGUUUCGAUACUAAACGCUCUUUGAAAUCUUAAAAAAAAUCUUAUUUCCACCAAAACUGAAUUGUGUCUUUCUUUAGUUUUAUUUUUAAUUCUUUAACCCAUAUUUAUAAUGAAUGUAUUGCAAUUUAUUGUUUUUCUUUAGUAUUUCUUUUAAUUUUAUUUUCUUAUUCAAAUAUUUGUUUUGUUUUUAGCCUUUAAGUGUUGUUUUACAAAAAAAGGAAGAUUAUUAUUAAAUUGAAAAGAAACAUGAAAACUCCCCCAAUUUUGUUUUAAUUUUUUUAUUAUUAAUCGAUUUCUGUUUUGGAACUCAAAGCUGACUGAUUUUUCAUUAGUUGUUGUAUAGAAAAGCAAAAAAAACAAAUAAAAUAAAAUCAAGGAAAAAAACUAUUACUCUAAUUAUAGUCAGAUUUCAGUAAAACAAAAUAAUCUAUAUAUACAUAAUUAUAUUAAAUUUAAUUGUAAUUAUAAAUUUUAAACCAAAGUAAACAAUAAGAGAAAUAUUUGUGUCUCCAAAAAAAAAAAACCAUUAAAAAGUUAUUUAUUUCAAA